UAACGCAGGGUAUUGAUGAGUCGACUAAGAACAGACCUUCUCAUUUGCUUGCGUAAAUUGUGUUUUUGUUUGUGCCGUGCGCUAAAUUUAGAAAAUAGGUGCCGCUAAAGCAUUUUAAAUUUGAAUGCAAUAUUUUUGAGCUGCUGCUGUUGGCUGACAGUUCUACAGGUGUGUUUGCAAUGGAAUCCUCAUCAAAGUUGGCCAUCAAACGCGGCACGCGUAUUCUAACUGAAAAACCAUUUGCAUAUGUGCUUAAGUCUAAAUAUCGACUGGAACGCUGCGAUAAUUGUCUGGAAGCGACAAAGGUGUUAAAGUGCUCCAAUUGCCGUUAUGUCUCCUACUGCAAUCGCAGUUGCCAGCAACAGGCUUGGCCCAUCCACAAGCACGAAUGCCAAUUCCUUAAGCGUGCGCUGCCCCGCAUUGUGCCCGAUGCGGCUAGGAUGCUCUGCCGGCUUAUCUUGCGCUUGGAACAUGGCGGAGAUCUGGAACGAGGCUACUACACGGCACACGGAUCUCGCAAAUUUCGCGACUUAAUGUCACACUAUGCGGAGAUUAAGAAUGACGCGAAGCGCAUAGAGCAUUUGGAAUCGUUGCAUGCGGUGCUCACGGAUAUGAUGGUGGACAGUGCAAGUGGAACUGGAACUGGAAGCUUAGUACCCAAUCUAAAUGAACUGAUGAGCAUUUAUGGCCGUCUAAUUACGAACGGCUUUAAUAUUCUGGAUGCGGAGAUGAAUUCGAUUGCGACAGCCAUUUACCUGGGCGUCUCCAUAACAGACCACAGCUGCCAGCCGAAUGCUGUGGCCACGUUCGAGGGCAACGAACUGCAUGUGCAUGCCAUUGAGGAUUUGCCGUGUCUAGAUUGGUCCAAGAUCUACAUUAGCUACAUCGAUCUGCUCAACACGCCCGAACAGCGCAGGACAGAUUUGAAGGAGCAUUACUAUUUCCUUUGCGUGUGCAGCAAGUGCAUCGAUCCGCAGGAGAUGCAUGAAAUGACCGCAGCAGUCUGUCCAAAUAGUAACUGCGAUGCUAGCGUUAAUAUACAAUUGGAUAAAUGUGAGAGCUGUGAAACAGCUGUGUCGGACCAGCUGCGCAGUGACUACAAGGAGGUGAUGUCCUUGACACAGUCCAGUUUGGACUCCAUGAAGGAGGUGGCGUAUCUGGACGUCUGCAAAGUAUGUCUGGCGAAGCAGCGUGGCAUACUCCAUCCGUUGAACGUUUGGCAUGUUAAGACGCUCGAUGCCGCCUUCGAGGCAUCGAUUCAGGUGGGCAAAUGGACAGAGGCUUUGGACUAUGGGCAGCAGCUGUUGCCAGGCUUUGCUAAGUAUCAUGGUGAAUGGAAUCCGUUGCUAGGUCUGCUCCAGCUAAAGCUGGGCAAGAUUGAGCUAUAUGAGCGCAACUACAAGCAGGCCAUGCAGCAUUUGCAGGAGGCGCAGCGCAUUUUGAAUGUAACACAUGGACGUGAUCAUCGCCUGUUGCUGGAGCAACUGCGUCCGCUUAUGUUGCAGGCCAAACACAAGAUGAGAUGAGAUCGGUUAAGGGAUAAGCUACAGUCUCAAAAUAAAGAAUUUAAUUAU